UAAAAAAAAACACUUGCAGCUACAGCACAUGACUCAACUAGGAUUUGUCAUGACCCCCGGCCUGGAUGACAGUUCACACCUACAAUUAUUAUGUGAAGAGAGAGAAACAACGUUUUCCACACCGAGCUGAUGACCUGUAAAUGCCUUGGAGUGAACUGCAUGUCUUUAUGUCUUUCAUUGUAAUUAGUGGUGAAAAUGUGCAGCUGCUGUUGCCCAAACACAAUUCAUGUCAGGUGUGUGUGUGUGAAAGAGAGAGAGUGGGAACGAGAGAGAGAGAGAGAAAGAGUGGAGGCUCCAACAGGAAAAUAAAUGAUGGCUGUAGACAUGAUUAUUGAUGCUCUUGUACUGAUAACAAGUCCUAAUGUGUGUGAGACAUGUCCAGGGUUGGAGAUACUGCGCAUGCUCAGUUGUAAGGACGCCUAUGCUUGAAGGGCUUCACAAUGGCUUUGAAUUUUGCAGUGAGCCGAGUGAGCAUUCUUCUCGGAAGCAUAGACGAUCUUUGGACGCUGCUGGCUUUGACAGGAGCGGGGGAGGAGGAGGUGAGGAGGAGCAGGAGGAAGAGGAGGAGAGCGGAGCAUCCGUGUGGACCACAGCUCGCUGCUGCAGCAGGGGGACGGACACGCACACUCUCUCACUCACUGGCCGGACACGGCCCCGCAAACACACACACACACAUACACUUUCACACACACACCAACACGCACACACAACCAGACACGCUCCUCAUCAUCCACACGAUUGGAGCGAGGAAACUGGAGUCAGCAGACGACUCCACAUUGUCAACAAACUCUGCUGCUGUUAAUUCUGGAAAAAGCUCUUCACCAUGACACCCUCAACCGCCGACAGGAACAGGAAGUGGAUACCAGAGUUGGGAGCUAUGUUAUUAAUACUCUUGAGUCAAAUGACAUCUGCACUGGAAGUGCCACUUGAUCCUAAAGUGCUGGAAGGAUUGCCACAACCCCCCACCAUAACACAGCAAUCCCCCAAGGAUAAUAUCUUUGAUCCGAGGGAGAACAUCAUUAUUCAGUGUGAGGCCAAGGGUAAACCCAGUCCAAGUUUCUCCUGGACGAGAAAUGGGAGUCACUUCGACGUUGAGUCGGACUCCAAAGUCCUGAUGAGGCCCAGUUCAGGAACUCUGGUCAUCGACAUCAGCGGGGAAAAGGCACAGGCGUACGAGGGAACGUACCAGUGCACGGCCCACAAUGAGCAUGGCACGGCUGUGUCCGACAACUUUGUCAUCAGACAGUCCAGGUCCCCCUUGUGGUCAAAAGAAAGAAACGAAGCCAUCUCAGUGCAGAAGGGUGUCUCCCUGGUGCUGAAGUGUCGGCCCCCCACUGGGCUGCCCCCUCCCGUCAUAUUCUGGAUGGAUAACAACUUCCAGAGGCUUCCGUUGGACCAAAGGCUGACCCAGGCCCAGAAUGGAGACUUGUACUUUUCCAACGUUCUCCCAGAGGACACCAGGAGCGACUACAUCUGCUACGCCCGUUUUCCCCACACUCAGACCAUCCAGCAGAAACAGCCCAUCUCAGUGACCGUGCUCAACAACAGGCCAGAGGGGGAGCACCGCCCUGGUUUCAUGUUGCCUCAGGGUUCCUCCAGCACCAAGAUGGUUCUGAGAAAAGAGACUCUGGUGCUGGAAUGCAUCGCCGAGGGCCUACCCACUCCUGAGAUCUCCUGGCUGAAGGAUGGAGUUGAACUGACCAACAGCAGGGUUUCCUUUCACAACUUCAAGAAAAUGCUGAAGGUCGUGGAGGUGACUGAAGCCGACGCGGGAGAUUACCAAUGUACCGCCUCCAACAAACUGGGGAGUGCACAACACAUGAUUAAAGUCACUGUCAAAGCGGCUCCUUUUUGGAUCAGUGCUCCCAGGAACCUGAUCCUGGCUCCAAAUGAGACUGGAAUCCUGACUUGUCGAGUCAGUGGAGAACCAAUGCCAACAAUUUCCUGGUUUGUCAAUGGAGUGCCUUUAACAAAUGCUCCUGAGGAUCCCAGUCGUAAGGUGGAAGCCGACACUGUGAUACUCAGCAGUGUGCAGUCAGGAUCCAGUGCCGUCUACCAGUGCAACGCAUCCAAUGAGUUCGGCUACCUGCUAGCUAACGCUUUUGUCAGUGUUCUCGCGGAACCACCAAGAGUGCUGACUCCACCUAACCAGGUGUACAAGGUCAUCACCAACAACCCUGCCCUUCUUCACUGCGCCUCCUUCGGCUCACCAAUACCAGCCAUCACAUGGUUCAAAGACAGUCAUAUGAGCAUCAAGAACAGCGAUUCCUAUGUAAUCCAUGAGAACGGUACACUGGAGAUCCUGGUGGCUCAGCCGCACAACAGCGGAAAGUACACCUGCAUCGCCACCAACAACCUGGGACUCAAGGAAAACCACGUUUACCUCGAGGUUAAAGAGCCCACCCGUAUCCUGAAGCAGCCCGAGUACAAGGUGGUGCAGAGAGGAUUGAGUGCCGUGUUCGAAUGUAGAGUCAAACAUGACGUCUCCCUCACUCCAACCAUAACGUGGCUCAAAGAUAAUGGGGAGCUGCCAAUAAAUGAAAGGUUUAAAGUAGAAAUGGAAAGUUUGACGAUUAGCGAUGUGACGGAGGAAGACGAGGGCUCCUACACCUGCUUCGUGAACACCCCCCUGGACCAGGACUCCGCCACCGCCAUGUUGACUGUUGUCGAGGCAACUCCUACUCCAGCUAUUGCCUACGAAAUACCCGACCCACCAACUGACCUGGAACUGACCGACCAGACUGAGAGGAGCGUUCAACUCACCUGGAUCCCUGGAGAUGAGAACAACAGUCCCACACAGAAAUUCUUGAUUCAGUACGAGGAUCUGCUCCACCAGCCUGGAACCUGGAACAACCUGACCGAGGUCUCGGGCACAAGCACAACAGCACAGCUGAGCCUGUCUCCGUACGUCUACUACUCUUUCCGAGUGUUAGCCGAGAAUAAUGUAGGCUUCAGUGACCCCAGCCUGCCUUCACGCCAGUACAGAACCAACCCAGCAGCUCCUGAUGAAAAUCCAACCAAUGUUCAGGGAGUAGGAACAGGACCUGGCAACCUCGUCAUCACCUGGACACAACUUGACGGACUCCAGUCCAACGGACCGGGAUUGGAAUACAAAGUCCAGUGGAGACAGAGGGACACAGGCGAAGACUGGUUGUCACAGAAUGUGGCCAACGACUCCACGUUCACAGUGACCGGAACGCCCACUUUUGUGCCUUAUGAAAUUAAGGUUCAGGCUUUCAACGACUACGGCAGCGGACCGGACCCUGAGGUGGUGAUCGGGUAUUCUGGAGAGGACUUGCCGCUGUCUGCUCCUGAGCGUGUGCAGAUCUUGCUUCGAAACAGCACACGAGCAGAAAUCCACUGGGAGCCUGUGCCAGCUCAGUCAGUCAGAGGACAGCUGCAGGGAUACAAGGUUCACUACGGACGUGAGCGCAGCGUGCACGAGACAGAAGAAGAGACCGACUAUCAGGAGGAGGUUCUGACGUUCAAAGGAAACCUCAGUGAAGUCCCUCUGCCGAGCCUCCAGCCGUACAGUGUCUACAAGGUCUUCGUCAAGGUCUUCAACAACAAAGGAGAAGGUCCACCGAGCCCCACCAAGACAUUUGAGACCCCAGAGGGAGUCCCUGGACCGCCAUCGUUUCUGAACGUUGUCAACCCCAGUUUAGACUCUCUUACCUUGGAGUGGGGUCCACCGAAGACCAACAAUGGGCGCCUCGCUGGGUACACCUUGAAAUUCCAAGCAGUCAACAACACCAAUGAAGUGGGUCCCACCAAAGUCAUGACGUUUUCAGCCAAUGAGACCACGGUCACUCUGAGCCACCUAAAUGCCAGCAUGCUCUACAAGUUUUACCUGAGCGCGAAGACGAUAAAGGGUUCUGGGCCUGACGUCACCAACGAAGCGUUCACAGUCAUGGACACAGCUCAAACUCAGCCCACAGUAGUGACGGGCAAAGGCCUCACAGAGCCCCCUCACCCAACCUCCCCCAUCAAUCACUCUCUACACACCCCGUUACACAAGGCGCCCCCUGUAGGCCCUGUCUUCGGCACAGUUAACACGUCUGUAUCCGAUGACGGUGCCAUGAUCAGUUGGGAAUACUUUGGACACCACAAGAAUGUCUUUGUGGAAUAUAUUGUAGAGAACAGUAAAGAGGACUGGAAAAAAGAGUUGGUAAACGGCUCACACUCGCAUAUGAUUAAAGGGUUAAAGCCAGGGACGUCCUAUAGGGUGCGUGUGGUAGCUAGAGACCCCAGUGACCUGACAGUCCACAGCGCAGAUGAAGUGUUGGUCACGGUGCCAGCCGUUCCGAGCCGACAUGUGGACAUCGCGACCCAGGGCUGGUUUAUAGGACUGAUGUGUGCCAUCGCGCUCCUCAUCCUGGUCCUCCUCAUAGUCUGCUUCAUCAAGAGGAACAAAGGGGGCAAAUACCCAGUGAAGGAGAAAGAAGAAGCCCACCAGGACCCUGAGAUCCAGCCCAUGAAGGAAGACGACGGGACGUUCGGAGAAUACAGGUCUAUGGAGAGUGACACAGAGGACCACAAACCACUGAAGGGCAGCCGGACACCGUCCAACGGGACGGUGCGCCGCGACGAGAGCGACGACAGCCUGGUGGACUACGGGGAGGGUGGGGACGGACAAUUCAACGAGGACGGUUCCUUUAUUGGCCAGUACAGCGGUAAGAAAGAAAAAGACACGCACGAGGGCAACGAGAGCUCGGAGGCCCCCUCGCCGGUCAACGCCAUGAACUCGUUCGUCUAAGGGGACGACGUCUUGGAUUUGGGGAUAACUCGCUUCAGCCACUUUUUCUCGUCACCUUAGCAAAUGUGACCACCGUGGUGAUGGCAAUUGCUAACGUGACCGUCGCCGUGGACACCGACUUCUCACCGUGGUCGCUCGAGCGGUCACGGCCCGCUCGUCACCAAGAUCGCUGACACGUCCUCAUCUUCACACCUGCUGAGCCCCGUCACACUGUGACGCUGUCUGGAAAAACACACAGGACGCUGCAGUGAGCAACGAAACACCCCCACGUCCCCAUGAAGAAGAGGAGGGAGGGAGGGAGGGAGGGAGAGGGGGAGGGAGAGAGGGAGGGAGGGAGGGAGAAAACAGACAGAAUGUAUAUGAAAAGUAUUACCACUGAGACUGAGCAGGAGUGUGACUGAGUGUGUGUGUGUGUGUGUUUGUUCCAACGUGUAAUGUUUUCUGAAUGAACCCACAGGCAAAUAUGCAUUAAAUAACAUUCACAAAUAUUCGCAUCGAGAAUCACAACUGACACAAUUCGGCCAAGUCGCCGUCACUGGACCGUACUGUUCCGUCACGGUGUGUUGCGUGUGUCCUGACAGUGCUAACGUGUGUCUUGUAAAGACCGUUUUAGUUUGUUGAAGAAUUGAGAAAAGGCUGUAUUUUCAACUCCAGGAUCUACAGAAUCUAAACUUUGGCUUUGACUUUCUAUCAUGACAACCAAGAGAGGAAGUGUUGUUCAAAUCUGGACAAACCUUUUUGCCGUUCACUCGGACAAUAGAAUGCUGCCGGCGUCAGGAGGAGGAGGAGGAGCCUAGGGCCCAGGGACACAUCGGCCUCCAGAACGAAACAGGUGGAACGUCAGCUGCUCUGUGUGUUCAGCUUCAAAGUCUUCUUUCAUAUGUGGUUUUUUUGACCAAUCUCCACCGAAAUCUAUACCAUUUGUCAGCGAGACGAGCGGAGGUGGAGUCGAACCGACAUCUUGGUGAAGUUCAGAAACUCCGCCCUCACCUCACUGUGGAAAAGUUCAUCCCCGGAGAACGAAGGUGUUGAAGGUUAUUUUUCAGAUUCGUCCAAAUGAAUUAAUUUUUUUUAAAUUUUACCACUCAUUCACGCUAUGGAGGGUCACGGAACUACUGCCAAUAAUACACACCAGGUAACUGCCAAUAGGAACCAGGCUCUGAUGUCAUGUGUCAUGCCGCUCUCCAAUGGACGAAACUAAAGGUUUAAACUAAAGUUUCCUGUUCUGAGAGUUUGAGUUUGUUUCACUUCAAGCGGUGAAACUACUGGUUUUUGCG